AUGCAUAACAAGCUGAAUACUGUAUCCCAUGUAGUGGUUGGCACUCCUAACCAUGUGUAUAACAUGAUUGUUAGAAAAUCGCUCCUAACUCAAUUUAUCAAGAUAUUUGUGUUAGACGAAGCCGAUAAAAUAUUGUCUCAAGGUUUCAAAGAUAAAAUUAAAAAGGUGUUCAUGUGCCUUGAAGAAAAUAUUCAGGUCAUUCUAUGGUCUGCUACAAUGUCCGAGGAUGUUUUGAAUGUGAGCACACAGUUCAUGUGUAAUCCAGUACACAUUAUUGGGCAGAGAGGUAAGGAUAACAUCAAAGAGAGCUGCAAUGUACCAAUAACUGUUACUAAAAACGAUGACAUAGAAAAUGAUAAGAAAAUCUCAGAGUUGUCAGAAAAGUAUUACACAAUGAUCUACCCAAGGAGAUGA